AUGGGGCAAGGCAACGAGACCACAGUGACAGAGUUUGAUUUCCUUGGCUUCUCCGCGCUGGCUGGGCUGCAGAAGCUUCUCUUCUUGGUCUUCCUGCUCCUCUACCUGUUCACACUGGGCACCAAUGCUAUCAUCAUUUCCACCAUUGGGUUGGACAGAGCCCUCCAUACCCCUAUGUACUUCUUCCUUGCCGUUCUCUCCUGCUCUGAAACUUGCUACACCUUUGUCAUUGUGCCCAAGAUGCUGGUUGACCUGCUGUCUCAGAAAAAGACCAUCUCUUUCUUGGGCUGUGCCAUCCAGAUGUUCACCUUCCUCUUCCUCGGUUGCUCUCACUCAUUUCUUCUGGCAGUUAUGGGCUAUGACCGCUAUGUGGCCAUUUGCAACCCUCUGCGUUAUACUGUGAUCAUGGGGCCCAGGGUGUGCGGAGGACUGGUGGCCUCUGCCUGUGCUUGUGGAUUCACAGUUGCACAGGUGAUCACUUCCUUGGUAUUUCACCUGCCCUUCCACUCCUCCAACCAGCUUCAUCAUUUCUUCUGUGACAUUUCUCCUGUGCUCAAGCUGGCUUCUCAUCAUACCCACCUUAAUCAAAUGGUCAUAUUCAUGCUAUGUGCAUUGGUCCUGGUUAUACCCCUAAUAUUGAUCUUGGUGUCCUAUAUUCACAUUAUCUCUGCCAUACUCCAGUUUCCUUCUACUGUGAGUAGGUACAAAGCUUUCUCCACCUGUGCAUCUCACCUCAUAGUUGUCACUGUUCAUUAUGGUUGUGCUUCCUUUAUUUACCUGAGACCCAAGUCUGGAUAUUCCUCAAGUCAGGAUGCUCUGAUAUCAGUAUCCUACACCAUCCUCACUCCAUUGUUUAAUCCAAUGAUUUAUACACUGAGGAAUAAAGAAUUUAAAUCAGCUCUUCGUAGGGUUGUGGAAAGAACAGCUUUUCACCCACAACACUAA